CACCUGUGCACGCAGGCUCAGCGCCCCUGGGGCAUGCGUGUUCGGCUGCACGCUGGGUCGGCCCCACUCCGGGAGCCAGCCAGCCCCAUGGCGGAGACACACGGCCCAGCCAUGCCCUGCCGUGCUCCUGAGCCCCAGGGCCAGGGAUGGCUCUGCCUGUGUUUUGUGUGGGGCUCAGCCCCCCCCAGCCAGGGAGGGCAGUUUUGGGGGCUGGAGCCCUGCUGUGGGGCAGCGCGUGGCCCUGGGGGGCACGGCAGGUAGCAGCGAGUGGGGACGGGUGCCCCCCCAGCAGCGGGGCUGGGGUCCCGUGGGGCGAAGCAGCCUCAGGGCACUGGGGAGGGGGCUUCCCGCCUGCUCCCGCUCCCAGUGCCCAGGGGGACGCCCGGACCAGGGUCCAGCUCUGCUCCCCCCGCGGGCAUCCCCGUGGCACUGCUGUCCGUGGGAGGUGAAUCUUGGCUCUGUCAAUGGGGAAACUGAGGGAUGGAGCCGCGUCCUCCUCUUGGCUGGCUGACCGGAGUGAGAGCCCGCCGUGGGGCAGGCGAGGGGCCCUGUGGCCUUGUGGGGAGGCUGGGGGAGCUGGGGGUACCCUGUCACAAACACUGCUCGUGGCCAGCGGGGUGACUUGUAUUUUUCUUUUAACACUUCACUGACCAAACAGCCAGGCGGUUAUCAGGUUUCAGAUAUUUAUUAAGUACACCAGUAUCCUUAAGCAAGAGAGUUUAAACAAUAUAGCAAGUUCCGUAAUUUAACAGGGUAAAAAUACCACACUACACUACAUACAGAGCAAGCAGGGGUAAUACGACCUGUUCCAUGUCGGGCGAGGGUCUCAAGUGUGCAGGACGCAAUAAGGCGGGGGGUCCCAGACCAGCUGAGAGGGAGCUCCAAAGAGCUGUUGUUAUCACAUUUUAUAUGCUUCUAAGGCGCAUGUCUAUUGUGAUUAGGUUUCUUGGCAUCCUUAUCAGUAGCCAGAACCUAUGUCACUCUGACACACUCCUCUGGGCUCAACCCGCUGACUGGGUUUUCAAAAGAGAAGGGAAAAGAAAUUAAUGAAAACUUGUGACAAAGGUUUCCACCCUUCAGAUUUAGAGAACUAAAUAGUGGAGGCCCCCCAUCAUGGGUUCUCAUGCCUGAUCAGCAUGUAGUUGUAGAUAUUAAUUCCCCUUUUCACUUGACCUAUGAGGCAGCUUUGGUGUGGGUCAGGCUCUUGACAUUAGUUUAGGCUGCAAGUGGUUGGUAGCAGAUAAUAGCAGAGGUGGUGACAAAGGCAUUGUUAUCAUAUCCUGCACAAGCUGGGGCGUGUGUCCACGGGCAGGGAGAGACUGCUUGGCCUACGCCCGGUCCCACUCCCCAUCUGUGAACAGUGAUACCUUCCCCUCUUCAGCAAGCCUUUGGAGUAAACAGUGCCUUGUCUGUUCUCCACACACCCCCAGGCUGGACCCAGGCCCCAGGGCUCGCGGUGCUGGCACCCCCGGGGCGAUCGCUGCAGGUCGGACGCGAUCCCCCUCCGUGUGUGCCCACCUGCGACCCGCUGCUGGGUGGCCGAGGGCGCUGCGGUCCCCCGCCAUGGGGCAGGGGGGUGGCAGGGGGCUGCCCAGCUGCCCCCAGCCCGAGGGGAGGCAGUCCGGGAGCCGGGAAAGAGUCCCUCCUGGCUGCCACUUCCUCUCUGGGCUGCACGGUGGUUUUGCAACCUCUCUUCCUCCAUGGGUGGCAUAAAUCGGCCGGCGGAGGAGCAGCGCGGGGCACCGCGGCGCGGACAGCGGCGCAGGCAAAAUGGACACGAUCUCCUUCAACGGGGAUCUCUCUGAUCUCUUCUUACUCUACAACUACACCUACGACUACAGCACUGCCAUGCCCGACACCGCUAUCUCCUCCUCCCCGUGCCGGCCUGAUAGCUCUGUCCUCAAUAAGUACCUGGUGGUGGUGAUCUACUGCCUCGUCUUCCUCCUCAGUGUGGUGGGGAAUGGGCUGGUGGUGUUGGUGGUGACCUCCAGCCACACAAACCGCUCUGUCACCGAUGUCUACCUGCUCAACCUGGCUGUGGCAGACCUGCUUUUCGCCUUCAGCCUGCCGCUCUGGGCUGCCUACCGGGCCCACGAGUGGGUUUUUGGCACUGUGAUGUGCAAGGCCAUCUCUGUGCUGCAGGAGGCCAACUUCUACAGUGGUAUCCUGCUGCUGGCUUGCAUCAGUGUGGACCGCUACCUGGCCAUCGUCUAUGCCACCCGGGCCGCGGGUGAGAAGAGGCACUGGGUUAAGUUUGUCUGCUUGGGCAUCUGGGUCUUCUCCGUCCUGCUCUCCCUGCCUGUUCUGCUCUUCCGUGAGGCCUUCCCCUCACCUAGCAACGGCACGGUGUGCUACGAGCGCAUUGGCGGUGAGGACACGGCCAAGUGGCGGGUGGUGCUGCGGGUCCUCCCGCAGACCUUUGGCUUUGCAGUGCCCCUCCUGGUGAUGCUCUUCUGCUACGGCGUCACCGUGCACACCCUCCUCCAGACCAAGAAUGCCCAGAAGCAGCGGGCCAUGAAGGUCAUCUUGGCUGUGGUGCUGGUAUUCCUCAUUUGCUGGCUGCCCUACAACAUCACGCUGGUGAGCGACACUCUCAUGAGGACACGGGCCAUUGCUGAGACAUGCGAGCGGAGGAACCGCAUCGACACAGCCCUCUCCGUCACGCAGGUCCUGGGCUUUGCGCACAGCUGCAUCAACCCCUUCAUCUAUGCCUUCAUCGGGCAGAAGUUUCGCAACAGCUUCCUCAAGAUCCUGGUGCAGCGUGGGCUCAUCAGCAAGGAUGCUUUGGCUCGCUACGGCCGCAGCUCUUACGCCUCCUCCUCUGCCAACACCUCCACCACCCUCUGAGCCCUGCCGCUCCCCCAGGACCUGAGCUGCCUGGCUUGCAGCAGUCCCCAGGACCCCAACUCUCCCUUCCCACACACCCCAGCACCCUUGUGCGGACUCCAGAGACAUGGCCUGGGGUGCCGGGCACAGCCCUCCAGGACUCCCUGCUCGCAGACGGGUGUCAGAUGGGUCUGUGCUUGCUGCAUGUCGGUGAUGGUAAGAGUGUGCGCGGGGGGGCUGCGUGCGAUUGCAUGUGUGUGCAAUGCUGUGUGUAUGAUCAUAAGUUUGCGUGGGUGUGAUUGUGUGAGAUUGUGUGUUGUGUGUGAUCAUAUGUGCAUGCAAUCAUGGUGUGAUCAUAUAUGUGUGGGAGUUUGUGUAGGUGUGAUCGUGUGAGGUUGUGUAUGUGUGUGCACAGCCGUGUGUGCAUGUGUGAGUGCGCAUAAGCGUGUGUGUGUGACUGCAUGUGUGACUGAGCAGGUGUGUGUGUGUGUGACUAUGUGUGCAUGUGUGUAUGUGUAUACAUGAUAGCUGAAAUGUGUCUGUAUGAAUGUGUGUGUGAUUGUGGGUGUGCAUGUGAGUGGUAUUUGCACGUGAGAGCAAUGCUCUCACGUGCAAAUAUGUGCACAAGCACUACUGGGCAUUCAUAAACUUGUGUGCAUGUUAGCGUGUGCAGUUAUGUGAUCAUCUGUGAGUUGAUAUAUAUGUGAUUGUGUGUGUCUGCAUGCAAGUGUGUGCACAAUUGCGUGUGAAAGUGUGUGUGACCGUGGAUAGGGUGUGUGUGCAUGGGAGAUUGCGUCGUUCUGUGUGUGCGACUGUGUGUGUGAUUGUGUGUACAUCAGUGAGUUGGGGAGGUGUGUGACCAUGCACAUGGCAGUGAGCUGGCGUGUGUGUAGCUGUCCAUCAGGCUGCCUGGGACACGCAGGGGGUGGAGCAGCCCUCAGGCACUGUCAGCAGGCCCCAGCGACACAGUGAGGGCUGGUGGGCAGCGAUGCCACGGGGAUGUGCGAGGCCGCUGCUGGAAUAGGGACCCCAGCUGGAAUAGGGAUCUGGCAAUGAGGGGGUAUGAGCCACCCCGGCCUUGUUUCCAGAGAAGACGUGCCCAGUGCUGCUCUCCUUCCACUCACUUUGGGACAGAGCCUGUGACAUUGGGGACUCUGCACCAGGGCCAUGGGAUGCAGACGAUGUUCGUGCCUGAUGGCCGUCCAUCAACAUCAAUAAAGAAGCUGAUGGGUUUGUCACCCA